AUGAAUAUUGCUGAUGCCUCCAGGGGCCAAAAGAAAGUGCUGCAGAGGAAAGCUGUGUCUAGAUUUUUCUACCUAACAGAGCAGCUGAUAAAUAAUCACCUGACACUCUCUGUACAACCAGGUAGAGCUUCACAAAGAACAUCACUACCAUUUUGGAUGAUUGCCCUUAUUGCAUUUGGAGUUCUGGCAAUCUUGGGAGUUACAAUUGGCCUUCUUGUUCAUUUUCUAGCAGUUGAAAAGAAUACCUACUACUAUCAAGGAAAUUUUAAAAUUAAAGGUGAUUCAUUCAACAGCACUUAUGGAAAAGAGACUUCAGAAGAAAAUACGGCUCUGAGCAAAAUGAUUGAGAAACAGAUGGUUGAUGCCUUUCAAAAGUCUAACAUCCACAAUCGAUAUGUCAACUCUCAAGUUAUCAAGCUAACCCCAAGCUCUGAUGGUGUGAUGGUAGACAUCUGGCUCAUGUUUAAGUCUUCCCCGGGAAAGAAGACAGAUAUGAGAAGAAAUAUUGAAAGUAUCUUACGUCGCAUGCUGCAGAAUAACUCCGACUCCUUAACUUCAGAUCCUUCCUCCCUUACAAUUACAGAAACCAGUAAAGUCGAUGCUGAAAAGACACUCAACAACUGCUGUGGGAGGAGGGCAAGGGUAUCCUCUGCAUAUGACAGAAUUAAAGGAGGAUCUGCUGCUCAGGAAGGAGAAUGGCCAUGGCAGGCUAGCCUGAGGGUCCAGAACCGACAUUUUUGUGGGGCGACUCUGAUCAGCAACAAAUGGCUAGUGACUGCAGCUCAUUGCUUUAACAACUACAAAAAUGUAUCAGAGUGGACGGUCAGCUUUGGAACUGUGGUAAAUCCUCCUUACAUGAAGAAUAAAAUUAAAAAAUUUAUUAUUCAUGAAAACUACAGUCCACGUGCCCACCAUGAUGACAUAGCUGUUGUGCUCCUCGAUAAAGAAGUCCCUUUUACAAACAAUGUGCACCGAGUUUGUCUUCCAGAAGCUACCCAGAACUUUCCACCAGGGUCUGAUGUUGUUGUGACAGGAUGGGGAGCACUGUUCAAGAAUGUGAUUGUGAACUUUUUAGAGGUGCAGGAGGGUGACUCUGGUGGACCACUAGUUUACCCUAAUUCUCGAAACAUCUGGUUCCUUGUUGGAAUAGUGAGCUGGGGAGAAGACUGCGGCAGAAAGAAUAAGCCAGGUGUCUACAUUCGAAUGACUUCCUACCGUCAGUGGGUUGCUUCCAAGACUGGUGUUUGA